AUGGGUGCAAUGUUGUUUCAUCGCAAGAAGGAGUCUUUAGAGCCGGUUUAUACCUCUAUUUUUGAUAUCCCUGCAACCGAUAUCGAAGGCAAUGAGGUCAUCCUUGGAGAUUUGGUCAAGGACUGCAAGUGAGUUAUGAUUGUCAAUGUCGCUUCAAAGUGAAUGCUUGCGAAUAAGCAUUAUACACAGAUGGUCAAAAUACAUAAAUGAUUUCAACAUAAAGGUUUUCAAAUUUUAGCCUUCCCGUGCAAUCAGUUCCUUGGACAAGAGUCAUGUUCAAAUGAUGAUAUCAAUGAAUUUGUAAGAACUAAGUAUGGAGUAGAAUUCAAGAUGAUGGCUAAAGUGAAUGUAAAUGGAGUAAACUCACAUGAAGUAUUCAAAUUCUGUCGGAAGUAUUCAAGUUUGUAUGAUGAAAAGACGGGAAAACUUAAGAGCAUUCCCUUUAACUUCUCCAAAUUUCUCAUAAACUCGAAAGGCCAAGUAGAAGGUUUCUAUUCACCCAAAAAGAAGCCAGAUUCAAUGAUAGACAAAAUUAAAGAGAUUCUGCAGAGGGAAGACUAAUCUCCAAUUUAGCCAAUAAUAAUUGUUACUGAUCUUGCCGAGGACUAAU